AUGGGUCUUUGCCUUCUACGAUGUAUACAUAGAUAUGGCGAUAACUAUGCUAACAUCGGUUCUGCGUCUAAGAGCUCUGCGGGUAUAUACCUGGUGCAAUAUUCUGCGCCUGGAAGCCUAGCGCCCGGCCUCUACCUCUGCAACAAGGCCGUCAAAUUUGGCGGUGGUCUCUGCAAUAGUGGUUUCAAGGGUCUGGUCAGGCCAGCUGGUCCAUAUGGGACACUCCUAGCGCGGUUCAGGAUCAAAAACAAUGGCACCGAUGUUGCUAAAGUCCAUGCUCUGCAGAACCGGACAAGCCUUACUUCCCAGCAGGGUGAUCGCCCUGGAGUGCAAGCUUCACCGCUAAACCCGACAAUAAUGAAUCCUUCGCUCUCCUCGGAUGAGCCCACUAAAGCGCUCCAGUUGACGGCGCCCAUGGCGCCCUUCAAUCCCGCACGCAACAUCUCCGACCUGCCCCGCGUAAGCCGCAUGCUCAAGGCGGCGGGCAUCCACAACGCCAAAUACCUACCCCAAGUCAGGAAUCUGACCGCACUAGACGCUAAUGUCAAGCAUAUUGUCGCCAACUUCUUCUCUAUAUUACCAGAGAAUACCAUGCAGCUCCAAAACGUGUGGGCACAACCGGCACCAUGGGUGCAGGGCGACUACAGCAGGAACUAUGCUAUGCGUCUGUACGUUGCAUACACGGGGUACCUGUGCCUGAUGGCGUCAGAGGCACUAUAUCCCUUGUACAGACCUUCUGGCAGCCGAGGCCGGAAGCUAACACUAGGAUUAGAUGAGGCGUAUAUCAUGCAUGACAUUAAGCAGCAAGCCGCCGUUGGCAACUAG